AUGGAUGGCGUGUAUACGUACUGUUUCGGAAAUCAAAUGAGUACCAUGACACCGAAGGCCGUCAUGUUUACUAUCGAGAUUAUCGAGCCUCACCAGCAACAACAAGGAGCUGCACCAAACCAGGAAGCUGCAGAUAACCAAAAAUUGGAGGAAAUGGUCCGCGAGUUGUCUACUGCGCUCAUGUCUGUGAAGCACGAGCAGGAAUACAUGGAGGUCAGGGAGCGUGUGCAUCGAUCAAUUAACGAGAACACAAAUAGCCGAGUGGUGCUGUGGGCAGUGUUCGAAGCGCUGGUCCUGGUUUCGAUGACUGUGGGACAAAUAUGGUAUCUCAAACGAUUCUUCGAAGUACGCACAGUUGUAUGA